UUUAAGACGACAAAAAAGGGUUGCCCUGCGCGUCCACACAACAGAUGGAGCUGUGUUCCCCUCUGGUUGGAGUCAGAGACAGCUGUGAGUCAGCCCACAGGAAUGAGGAAGUGUCCUCAUCCCCUCAAUACGGACGCGAGCAGGAGCCGAAAUGUCAACAUCUGCCUCGCGAUCCGAAACGGCAGCUGCGCAGGGCUUCUCGGAAACUCGGAGGUGGAAACGAGGCGUUGACACACAGGACGGCGCAAGUGGCGAAACUGCAAAAGGAUGAGCUGCGGGUUCUGAUCAAGUUGAGGCUGGUGGUGCUGGGCCCGGCCGGGGCAGAAGGCCCAGAGGCAGCGUGCUCCAUCCUGGGCCUGCAAGUCAAGGCUCAGGGCGAAGAUGAACCCACGGAGUGCAGUAAACACACAGGGGAGGCUGCUGGCAGGCCGGUGGUGGUGGUCUGGAGCCCGGCCUGGUUCAGCUCUACCUGCAGCUCAGAGGAGAGGAAGAAGCACCUAUCCUCCCUCAUCGCCUUGUCCAGCCCGGGGCCGCACGCCAUCCUGCUCUGCGUCCCCGUGAACCGGCCGGCCGACGGCGAGGCCAGGGCUCUGGACGCCCUGGAGCAGCUCCUGGGCGCCGCGGCCGUCCGCCAGAACGCCGCGGUGCUCUUCACCGGCACCGAGGAGCUGGAGGAGGACGAGCCCCUGGACGAGUACCUGGCCACCUGGCGCAAGGACCUCCUGGAGCUGGUGGGGAGGUGCGGUCAGCGCUACCACGCCCAGGGCGGAGCCGGGGGGCCGGAGGAGCUGAUGGAGAAGGUGGAGCGGGCGCUGGUUGAGAGUGGCGGUCACCACAUCAGCUGCCCCCUGUACCGGGAGGCCGAGGAGAGGCUGGGGAACAGGCAGCGGGAGAUCGCGAUGGAGCGGAGGGGCGAGGACCCGGGCGACGGCGAGCUGACGGAGGAGGAGGUGGAGGCCGCCCGGGGGGAGGCAGAGAGGGGCCUGUGGGAUUUCCACGUGGACGUGGAAAGCAUUUUCCCCCCCGCCGUUACCGAGCCUUCCCCCCCGGGGCUGUGGGAGACGCUGAGGGCCUGGGUCGAGUGGCUGUCCUCCAUGGUGAGGAGGGAGGCCCUGCUGGGGGCCCUGGUGGGGCUGUUCGUGGGGGGGCCGUACGGGGGCAUGCUGGGGGCCACCGUGGGCUCCGUCGCCACCGAAGUACGCAGGAGGAAAACCGAGAAGAACAAAUGAGAAAUGAAAAAUACAUGAGAAGUCGCACCUUUACGCCCUUUAUCUCUGCCUUACUGAGCACCGCUGAAACACCCGUUGCCGUCGGUAACCCCCAGUUUGCAUAGUCUCAUUUGCAUAAUUUAACAUGGAACUCUUAGGUAAUUUAUUGUCCAUAUAAGCAGCAAUUUUUUUCUCUUUUUCUUUUUCUUUACUGUUUGUUCAAAGUGAGACAGAGAGCCCGCUCAGACUAAACUUUGUGCCGAGCUCGGCAAAGCGGUUUCCUUUUGAGUCAUUUAGCCAUCACCCAAACGCUGCUCCAGUCCAAAUCCAGAACAUAACAACCCAAUUACGCAUCACCCUUAAUUUCAUGCAUGCUGAUUUAUAUCCAAGCUUUUGUAUAGUAGGUAGGAGAGAGCAUUUUUCAAAUGAGAAUUUCUACGGAAUAAAACCAAAGGAAUAUUAAAGCAAAUACAAAGAUGGGAAAGAAAAUCUAAGGGGGGAAAUAGAAUGAGAAUGAUUCAUCACAACCCAAGAUUCCAGUUUUUGAGUAAACAUAUGUGAAAUAUAGGAAAAUAACCCCAACUCUAGCGACAGUGAGCCAAAGAUGGAUGAAUCCAAUUUAUUUUUGUGGGGUAAAUCUUAUAGCUCACACAAUUACCCCUUAAAAUGCACACCAAAUAGACACAAAACAGAUUAACCCAGCCUGUGUGUGUGGGUACCUUCACCAUUUUAAGUCAACAAAUGCUUCCUCCCCCUCUGUGUAAACUACUGAAAUGACUCCAUGUGCUCUCCCAGAGCUAAACCUGCUGAAGAAUACCAGACAAGCACUCAAACCCGCCCUGCGGAUUUCAGCUGCUACUUUACAGUAAAGUGAGAAGAAAUAAUGAAAUAAUCAGGGCGAACCGCACCAGGGUCUCCUUUCCAGUUUCUCAAGAUGCAACACCUAGGAUUGUCCACAAGGGGGAGACACCGACCUCUGUACGAAGAGCUGGGGGAGUGUGUGUGUGUGUGUGU